GGAUCAUUGUGUCAAUUUAUUUUUGUAUGGUUACUGUGCCUGUUAUUUUGGGGAUUGUCAAAGGAAAACUUGAUCAUACACACAAAGUUGAAGGACUUCCAAGGACGUGACAACAAAUUUAACAGAAUUCUUUUUCAUUUUUUUUUUAUUAUUUUUUUUUUUGAGGGAAAGAAUUGUACGAAAACGGUGCGUUUGAAUGGCAAAGAAACGGAAAGCUUUAGAGAAGUAACAGCGAUGAUGGUGACGGAGUGUGAUUGAGCAAGCUCUGAAAAACUGAAACUCCAAGAAAGUAUCGGAAUUUUCAGAGAAUUGAAUUAGUAGUUGUUUGGGAGGAAUUUUGAAUUCUCUUUGGGGGGGAUUAAAUUGAAAUUUCCGAUAUGGAAUCGGCGAGGCAGGUCUUCACGGUGGAUCUUCUAGAGAGAUACGCAACAAAAGGACGGGGAGUGAUUACAUGCAUGGCUGCAGGAAACGACGUCAUUCUGUUGGGAACCAGUAAAGGAUGGGUUAUUCGCCAUGAUUUCGGGGUUGGCGAUUCAUACGAUAUUGAUCUCUCUGCGGGUCGUCCUGGGGAGCAAUCCAUACACAGAGUUUUUGUUGAUCCUGGAGGGAGUCACUGUAUUGCUACGGUUGUUGGUAGUGGUGGGGCUGAUACGUUUUAUACUCAUGCGAAAUGGAACAAGCCCCGUCUUUUGAGCAAACUGAGAGGUCUUGUCGUGAAUGCCGUUGCCUGGAACAGACAACAGAUUACAGAAGCUUCGACAAAGGAAGUCAUUAUCGGUACAGAAAAUGGUCAACUUCAUGAGAUUGCUGUCGAUGAGAAAGAUAAAAAGGAGAAGUAUGUAAAAUUUCUGUUUGAGUUAUCAGAACUUACUGAAGCCUUCAUGGGCUUGCAGAUGGAAACUGCUACCAUUAUGAAUGGAACUAGAUAUUAUGUUAUGGCUGUCACUCUUACACGACUUUAUUCUUUUACUGGAUUUGGAUCGCUAGAAACUGUUUUUGCUAGUUAUUUGGAUCGUGCUGUGCACUUCAUGGAACUUCCUGGUGAAAUACCAAACAGUGAAUUGCAUUUCUAUAUCAAGCAAAGAAGAGCUGUACAUUUUGCAUGGCUUUCUGGUGCUGGUAUCUAUCAUGGAGGACUAAAUUUUGGAGCACAGCAUAGUUCUCCAAAUGGAGAUGAAAACUUUGUGGAAAACAAGGCUCUUUUAGGCUAUUCAAAAUUGUCAGAAGGUUCUGAAGCAGUGAAACCCAGUUCUAUGGCAGUGUCUGAAUUUCAUUUCUUGCUUCUGGUUGGAAAUAGGGUUAAGGUUGUAAAUAGAAUUAGUGAGCAAAUUUUGGAGGAACUCCAGUUUGAUCAGACAUCAGAAUCAAUUUCAAAGGGAAUCAUUGGAUUAUGUAGCGAUGCCACUGCUGGGUUGUUCUAUGCAUAUGACCAAAACUCUAUUUUUCAGGUGUCUGUCAAUGAUGAAGGCCGAGGUAUGUGGAAGGUUUAUUUGGACAUGAAAGAGUAUGCUGCAGCUUUGGCAAAUUGUCGAGACCCACUCCAGAGGGAUCAAGUAUAUUUGAUGCAGGCUGAAGCUGCAUUUGCUUCUAAGGAUUAUCUAAGAGCAGCAUCCUUCUAUGCAAAAAUUAACUAUAUAUUAUCGUUUGAAGAGAUUACUCUGAAGUUCAUUGGUGUGAACGAACAGGAUGCUUUAAGAACUUUCUUGCUGCGGAAGCUUGAUAAUCUUACAAAGGAUGAUAAAUGCCAAAUAACAAUGAUUUCAACGUGGACAACUGAAUUGUACUUGGACAAGAUAAAUCGACUCCUCUUGGAAGAUGAUGCUGCUGUGGAUAACCGUAAUACAGAGUACCAAUCAAUCAUAAAAGAAUUCCGUGCUUUUCUCAGUGACUGCAAGGAUGUGUUGGAUGAGGCAACUACAAUGAGACUUUUAGAAAGUUAUGGUCGCGUUGAAGAAUUGGUGUUUUUUGCUAGUCUAAAGGAGCAGUAUGAAAUUGUAGUUCAUCAUUAUAUUCAGCAAGGAGAAGCAAAGAAAGCAUUAGAAGUCCUUCAAAGACCUUCUGUUCCUAUAGAUCUUCAGUACAAAUUUGCCCCAGACCUCAUAAUGCUUGAUGCAUAUGAAACUGUGGAAUCAUGGAUGACCACUAACAAACUCAACCCAAGGAAACUGAUUCCCGCAAUGAUGCGUUAUUCAAGUGAACCCCAUGCAAAGAAUGAAACCCAUGAAGUCAUCAAAUAUUUGGAGUACUGUGUUCAUCGUUUGCAUAAUGAGGACCCUGGAGUUCAUAACUUGCUUCUCUCUCUAUAUGCCAAAGAGGAAGAUGACAGUGCACUACUGAGAUUCCUACAAUGCAAGUUUGGGAAACGGCGGGAAAGUGGGCCAGAGUUCUUCUAUGAUCCCAAGUAUGCAUUGCGGCUUUGCCUAAAAGAAAAGCGAAUUCGUGCAUGUGUUCAUAUAUACAGCAUGAUGUCCAUGCAUGAGGAAGCAGUUGCUCUUGCGCUACAGGUUGAUCCUGAGCUUGCUAUGGCUGAAGCUGAUAAGGUUGAGGAUGAUGAAGACUUGAGAAAAAAGCUUUGGCUCAUGGUUGCCAAGCAUGUCAUUGAACAGGAAAAGGGAGCUAAAAGGGAUAAUAUUCGGAAGGCAAUAGCAUUUCUUAAGGAAACUGAUGGGCUUUUAAAGAUUGAGGAUAUAUUACCUUUCUUUCCAGACUUCGCCCUGAUUGAUGACUUCAAGGAGGCAAUUUGCUCAUCGUUAGAGGAUUACAACAAGCAAAUUGAAGAACUGAAAGAGGAGAUGAAUGAUGCAACACAUGGUGCAGACAACAUCAGAAAUGAUAUCAGUGCACUUGCUCAAAGAUAUGCUGUGAUUGAUCGUGAUGAGGAAUGUGGGGUAUGUAAGCGCAAGAUUUUAACAGUGGGUAGAGAGUAUCAGACUCGGGGCUAUACAUCAGUGGGACAGAUGGCAUCAUUCUAUGUCUUUCCAUGUGGACAUGCUUUCCAUGCACAGUGCUUGGUUGCCCAUGUGACACGCUGUACAACUGAAAGUCAGGCAGAGUAUAUACUUGACCUGCAGAAGCAACUUACAUUACUUGGAGGGGAGGCUAGGAGGGAUUCAAAUGGUAGUUUGACUGAAGAAUCAAUAACAAGCAUGAGGCCUGCAGACAAGCUUCGGUCACAGUUAGACGAUGCCAUAGCCGGUGAAUGCCCAUUUUGUGGGGACUUGAUGAUCGGUGAGAUCUCUCUGCCAUUUAUCCUCCAAGAGGAAGCAGAGCAGAUUAGUUCAUGGGAAAUAAAGCCCCAUAAUCUGGCAAACCAAAGGACUCUUUCUUUGCCAUUAUGACCAUUAACUUGGCAUUUUUGUGUUUACACAGAUCGACCUGAGUGCUUGAUAGUUGUUUUAUCACCAAUCUUUGGAGCUUUUCGAUAUAUAUAUAUAUAUAUAUUUUUAUUCCUUAA